UUGCCAACGUUUGGUGACGUAUGAUGUGCAAAGCGGAAGUACCGGUAGAUGCUGUAAGCCGUGUUUUCUUCUUCUUGAAUGCUACUCGUUUUGGAAAAGGUGUGAUCAUGUCAAGGCAGCCGCUGGGGAAGACACUGUUGAGAAAUGUAAUCCGCCACACAGAUGCCCACAACAAGAUCCAGGAGGAGAUGGAGAUGUGGAAAAAGCGAAACUAUCAGGUCCACACGUCCCACAGCACACAUUUUCCUGACACAAAGAGUGAGAGGGGACAAAUGCACUGUGAUCGAGAUCAGCCCAGAGACCUGAGUCGGGGGAGCAGAGAGCGAGGCUCGGAACAUGACGAAAAGGAGGCUCGAUACUGGAGCCGCAAACUGUAUGAGUUUGAGGCCAAAGAUUCUGACAGGUGGGGACAUAGUGGCUUCAAGGAGCUUUAUCCAGAGGAGUUUGAAAGGGACAGGUAAGCAAAAAUGGAACUGCACUGCAUCAAAUAAGCAAGAGAUUUAAAAAUGAUUCUACAACUUUAUUUCAAAGGGGCCCUCUAGAGAUUUGACACUGUACUUCCAUA